AUGGAAAAAGAAGAACAUCGUAAGUCAAAUGACAAACUGAAAUACGAAAUUUCCAGGACAAAAUGGAAUUACGCAGUGAAGCUUAAUAAGUCUGAGAGUGGAUUUGAGAUAUUGUGGGAAAAUUCUUCAAUCAUUCGGAUGUGUAUUAACGAUGAUGAGAAAAGUUCGAUGAAUCCUGAAAAUGUCGACAAUUGGAAAAUUCGCCAACUGAAAAUGUCUCAAGCUCAAGUUUCAAGUAAAGCUCAAAUUUCACACAUUACUCAAACCAUAAAUUAUCCCAACAUUAAAAUUCUUUUAUGGUUCAUCUUUCGCUCAAUGUUAUAUGAUAAAUUUCUAGAUGCAAUUAAAAUUUUAUUCAAUUUCAAUGUUGUGUAG